AUGGAUAUGUGCAGCAGGAACAUGAACCGUACUGCUCCUGUAGGGGAGGAGGCGCGGGCUGCAGACGCUCCUCUCUGCUCCCGGACGAACGGGUGGAGCUGGCCUCCUCAUCCCUUCCAGCUGCUGGCCUGGACGCUCUACGUCUACUUCACCGUCACCGCCAUCGGAGUCUUUGUGCCUCUGCUGCCUCCUCAUUGGAUCCCUGCUGGAUACAUUUGUACCAGCAUCAUGUUCGUGUGCCACCUGUGUGUUCACAUCAUGGCCGUCUCCGUCGACCCCGCCGACCUCAGCGUGAGAUCAAAGAGCCAGCGAGGACCAAUCCCGGCCUUCGACCGCUCCAAGCACGCGCACGUCAUCGAGAACUGUCACUGCUACCUGUGUGAGGUCGACGUGGGACCGAAGUCUAAGCAUUGCAGCUCUUGUAAUAAGUGUGUGGCUAACUUUGAUCAUCACUGCCGCUGGCUCAACAACUGUGUGGGCAGCAGGAACUACAAGCUCUUCCUCCACAGUGUGAUCUCCGCUCUACUCGGGGUCUCUCUGGUUCUCGUCGUCUCUUCGUACGUUUUCAUCGAAUUCUUCGUGGAUCCAAACAAACUUCGCUCUGACAAACACUUCCUGGGUAGGAAUGAGACAGGUGUGUGGUUCCUCUUCCUCCCGCUGGCUCCGGUCCGAUCAGCAGCAGCAGUGAUUCCGUCUCUCGCUGCCGUCACCGUGACGCUCGCUCUGCUGUCGUCUGUCCUGCUGACUCACCUGCUCUGCUUCCACAUCUACCUGAUGUGGAACAGACUCAGUACAUAUGAGUACAUUGUGCGUCAGCGCCACCGUCAGGACGGCAGGAAACCAGCAGCAGUGAAGGAAGCUGCAUCAGUCAACUUCAUCAAGGAAGGGAACUUCUCGGGGCCGCUCGGCUUCACCAAUCCUCAGCUGGACGAGCCGGUCGCCAUGGAGACAGAGUUCCUGGCUAACGGCAGGGUCAGAGGUGUGUCCAGUCCUGUUGUGGAGGAAGAAACCACAAACACCAUCUCUGCAGAGCUGAAAGCAACUCACACACACCGACACACACAGAAAAAGAAGAAGAAGGUCCGGAAGGUUCCAGUCGAGGAGAACAGAGAACCCAGUGCUGCUCCGCCAGCAGAGUCCAGCAGUGUGUCCACGGUGUCUCUGGGUCAGCGCCUCCCGUUCCCAGCGUUCCCUCUGAGGGCCUCGCUGCCCCCCCUCGCCCCGGUCCAGGCCGCCGCCCCCCCGGCCGAGUACCACUCCGACUCCGCCGAGUCUCUGGACGAGAUCCCGGUGGCGUUGGCCAAGCUGGGGUCCUCGUCCUCCGCCGGAGACGCCUCCUCGUCCUCUCGCCGAGCCGUGGCGGUGCUCCCCCCCCCGCCGUCCCCCCAGCCCAGGACUAACAGGAAGUCUGCCCGCUGCAGUAAGAGCGCGGCGGAGCGGAGCUUUGAGAUGGCGUCCUCUCAGCCGCCCGCCGUGUUCGUCAGCCGGUCCAGCAGAGAGACUGCAGACCUGAGCCGCAGGCAGACCGGCUCCAGGCCGGGGUCCAGGCCGGGGUCCAGGCCGGGGUCCAGGUCUGGGUCCAGGCCGGGGUCCAGGCCGGGGUCCAGGUCUGGGUCCAGGCCGGGGUCCCGGGGGGAGCGAUGACAUCACUGAACUGUUUUUGUAUCUGUGAAUAUUUAUUUGAGUUUUUGAUGAUUUUUUAACUUUGAGGCCAAAAUGAGCUUCAGCACAACUUUUCUA